UCCAGUCCUUCAAAGGUCGUUCGCAACGUCGUUCAAAAAAUUAUGAGCACCCCUCCGAAUCUCAAAGAGCUCAUCAGAAACCCAUUUUAACGGUCCAAGCUCUUCUCAGAUCCAUUCUUAUGCAUAUGCCCUAGUAUAAGCAUUCCUCAGAUAGUGAAGAAUUCAAGUGGAUUUAUUUCUGCGGGAUUGCUGAACAUGAAUGCCUGCAACUUACGUUGUGACAAUGGUAUCAGUUAUUCAUUUGGGUAUAAACAGAUUAAUGGUAUGUGCAGGCUGAAUAAGAAGAGAACAGUUGAGGUUUGCUGCAUCAGUAGCAGUCAUGGUGAACACAGAAUUCAAGGAAGUGAAGAUAAAAGAGGAGGCCCCAUAAGGGCUGUUUCCAAUCCUGCUGUCAAGACUUCGGAAGCGGGGGUUGUGAAUUCGUCAAGGCUGCAGCCUAGAGUUGAGGAAAAGGAUGGGUAUUGGGUUCUCAAGGAGGAGUUCAGAGGUGGAAUUAAUCCACAGGAGAAGAUCAAACUGGAGAGGGAACCCAUGAAGCUAUUCAUUGAGAAUGGGAUUGAAGAGCUUGCAAAUAAGUCUUUUCCAGAGAUUGAUAGUAAAAAGGUUGAUAAGGAUGACGUUGAUGUACGCCUCAAAUGGCUGGGUCUCUUCCACCGUAGAAAGCAACAAUAUGGAAGAUUUAUGAUGAGGCUAAAGCUGCCAAAUGGAGUGACCACUAGUUCCCAAACUAGAUUCUUGGCAAGUGUGAUUCAGAAAUAUGGAAAAGAUGGAUGUGCAGACAUCACCACUAGACAGAAUUUGCAGAUUCGUGGAGUGGUUCUGAAAGAUGUUCCAGAGAUAUUAAAAGGUCUAGAAGAGGUUGGACUAUCCAGCUUACAGAGUGGAAUGGACAAUGUGAGAAACCCUGUGGGAAACCCUUUAGCUGGAAUUGACCCUCAUGAAAUUAUUGAUACCAGGCCAUAUGCUAAAGUUUUAACAGAUUACAUCAUCAACAAUGGGAAGGGAAACCCUUCAGUUACCAAUCUACCUAGGAAAUGGAAUGUUUGUGUUGUGGGUACACAUGACCUUUUUGAGCAUCCCCACAUCAAUGACCUUGCAUAUAUUCCUGCAAUAAAAGAUGGGAGAUUUGGUUUCAAUCUCUUGGUUGGGGGAUUCUUUAGUCCAAAGCGCUGUUCAGAGGCAGUUCCACUUGAUGCAUGGGUCGCUGCAGAUGAUAUUGUUUCAGUAUGUAAAGCCAUUUUGGAGGCCUAUAGAGAUUUGGGUACUAGGGGAAACCGCCAGAAGACUCGAAUGAUGUGGUUGAUUGAUGAAUUGGGAAUAGAAGCUUUCCGUGCAGAAGUUGUAAAGAGAAUCCCAGGAGAAAUUUUAGAAAGAGCAGCAGAACAAGACAUGUUGGACAGAUCAUGGGAGCGAAGGAGCUACCUUGGUGUGCACCCACAGAACCAGGAAGGCCUACACUUUGUUGGUCUCCACAUACCUGUGGGCCGGCUUCAGGCAGAGGAUAUGCUAGAAUUGGCUCGCCUCGCAGAAGAAUAUGGUACACAGGAACUCCGUCUUACAGUGGAGCAAAAUCUGAUCAUCCCAAAUGUGCCCACAGAUAAGAUACAGGCUCUUCUACAAGAACCCAUGCUUAAAACAUUCUCUCCUUUUCCUCCCCUCCUCAUGAGCACGUUGGUGGCCUGCACAGGCAACCAAUUCUGUGGCCAAGCCAUCAUUGAAACCAAAGCAAGAGCUUUGAAAAUCACAGAGGAACUGGACAGGACCAUGAAUGUUCCCAGAGCUGUGAGAAUGCAUUGGACGGGGUGUCCUAAUACAUGCGGGCAAGUGCAGGUUGCAGAUAUUGGUUUUAUGGGUUGCAUGACCAAGGAUGAAAACAAAAAGACUUGUGAAGGAGCAGAUAUUUUCCUUGGAGGCAGAGUGGGUGCAGAUUCACAUUUGGGUGAAAUGAUACACAAGGGAAUACCUUGCAAGAACUUGGUGCCUGUCGUUCAAGACAUACUCAUCCAACACUUCGGAGCGACUAGGAAAACAGACCUCUGAAAAAAUAACCCUCCAACAAACCAUUUCAGGAUUCUCAUUCGGAAGUGUAACUUUUCUUGUAUAAAAGGAGCGCUUCUGCCAUGAAUAAAAUUUUCUAUGUAUAAUUAGUUUUAAGAAAUAAAAAUUGGGUGUUCCCAAUAAA